CCCCUCCGUUCACCGACUCGCGCGACGCGUCAUGGGCUUCCCCCUCGCGGACGUCCUCGCGUCCGAGGACUCCGGCGUCGUCGAGGAGUUCCAGUGCAAGAUCUGCCAGGACCUCGUGGAGUACACCAAGUGCUCGCACACGAUUUGCGCGCACGUGUUCUGCGCGGGAUGCCUGCACGACUGGCUCGCGCGCUGCGGCGACCAGGACGUCCAGAACGACGCGGCGGCGCACGGCGUGAACCCGAACCCGCCGCGGUGCCCGACGUGCAACACCCCGCUCGCGAGCGACGACGUCUCGACGCUCAAAGACGCGUCCCCGCUCGCGUGGCGCCUCCUCGGACGCGUCCGCGUGCGAUGCCCGCUGCACGCGUCUGGAUGCGCGUGGCGCGGCGACCUCAGCGAGGUGUCGUCGCACCUCACGAACAGCGGGACGCACCUCGCGGGGCGGGACUACGCGCCGGAGAGCGGCAAGGCGAACGCGGAGGCGCUGAAAGACCAAGGGAACGCGAAGUUCCAGGCGAGGCAGUACCAGGAGGCGAUCCAGCUGUACUCGAAAGCCAUCUCCGCGGCGCCGGGCGUGGCGAGCUACUACGGCAACCGCGCCGCGGCGUGGCUGCACUGCGGCGCCGCGAAGGAGUGCGCGGACGACUGCCGCCGCGCGAUCGCGCUCGAUCCGGGGUACGUCAAGGGCUACCUCAGGCUCGCGAAGGCGCUGUGCGAGCAGUCCGACGUCGCCGCCGCGGAGGAGUCGCUGCGCGUCGCGUCGUUGAAGUGUCCGGGUAAGAAGGAGCUCGAGGAGGAGCACGCGCGCGUUCGAGCGCUCGCGGGCUACCUCGCGAGCGGCGCCGACGCGCUCGCGCGUGAGGAGUACGCCCUCGCGCUGGAGAUUUACGCCGCGGCGAUGGGCGCGACGCAGUGCGCGGCGGCGACGCUCGGCGCGGCGAGGGCGGAGACAGGGCUGGGUCGGUGCGAUCGCGCGCUGCGGCUGUCGCUGCAAGUCAUUCGCGCCGAGCCGAGCAACGUGCACGCGUACGCGGUGCGAGGGCACGCGCUCUGUCUCAAGACGGACUUCGAUCAGGGGAUGAAGCACCUGAAGGAGUCGCUGCGAUUGGAUCCGGAUCACCGAGAGGCUCAAUCGCUGCACCGGCGGAUGAAACGCGCGGGCGCCGCGCUCGAUCGCGGGAGGCAAGCCGCCGCGAAGCGCGACUUUACCACCGCGGUGGAGUCGUUCACGGACGCGCUCGCCGCCGCGGACGCGCCGGUUUCGUCGCCUUUGACGGCGGCGUCGCUCGCGGAGCGCGCCAACGCGCACCUGCGUCUGAAAGCCUACGACGACGCGUUGAGAGACUGCGGCGCCGCGAUCGAAUCGCAGGAGGACUACAAGCCCGCGUACUACACGAUGUCCACGGCGCUGUUGAACACGGGGCGACCGACGGAGGCGAAGGAAGUCCUCGAGAAGCUGCUCGAGAUGGACCCGGCGGACGAGACGACGCGGCGGCACCACGAGAAGGCUGCGUUCGAGGUGAAGAAGGCGGCGAGGCCGGACUACUACGCCAUCUUGGGCGUGUCGUCCGUCGCGUCCGUGCCGGAGAUCAAGCAGGCGUACAAGCAGCGCUGCAUGGAGUGGCACCCGGACAGGCACGCGAGCGGGACGGAGGAGGAGAGGGCCGCCGCGGAGAAGAAUUUCAAGUCGCUCGGCGAGGCGCUGGAGAUCAUGGACGAUCAGAUGAAACGCCAGCUGUACGACGAGGGGUACGACAAGGAGGCGAUCAACGAGCGCGUGGAGGCGGCGAAGCGGGCGGCGCACCGGGGCGGCGGCGGGGGGGGCUGCGGCGGCGGCGGAGGGUGCGGGUCGGGGCACUGCUAGCUAGCGAAUUAGUCUAGCUGCAGUAGCAGACGAAGCCACGAUUGAUUUUUUCAAAGUUCAUUCUUUACAAGAGC